AUGGAAAAUGAUUCUCAUACAUUAGACAAUCCCUCGACUAAAAAGAAAUUCCUCCAAGUAAAAGUGCAUUCAGAGAGAGAGCUCGCUCGCGAUAUUAUAAUCAGAGAGACCGAGAGAGGCGCCGCUCACGGGGAGGUGCCGCCUGCCUCCUCCGAGCGCGAGGCGUCUCUGUCGCACGCGGGAGACGGCUGGAAGGUGUAG